AGGAGGGCCCAGGCCCCACUGGAGACACCCUUUAGUGUUGGGACCUCAGAAACCAGCCCUCUGUCUGGCCAGAGGGACACUGGGUUGUGGCAUUUCUUCACCUGCUUCCCAGGGAGAAGGAGAACCCUCCCCCCCACCCAGGGGCCUACAGGCCUAGCCUCUGACCCUGGGGACACAGCCCAGGCCUGCCCCAGCGCCAACAAGUCAGGGAGCAACAAAUAUUUAACUAGACACAUUGAUCAUUAACAGCGGUAGGAAGGAGCCCGAACUCAGUCUCCCUCCUGGGCAGAGACCAGCUGGGCCUUGGGCCUCCUGUGGAGAUGCUGGGCGCCCCAGUCUGGUCCUCUGUGAGGCAGGGUCUGAGCAGGGGCUUGUCCAGGAACAUGGGGGGCUGGGCAUCAGGGGAGGGGAGGAAGGUGGACAUCACAGGCAUCUACCCCCCUGUGACCACCCCCUUCACUGCCACUGCAGAAGUGGAUUAUGGGAAACUGGAGGAGAAUCUGCACAAACUGAGCACCUUUCCCUUCCGAGGCUUUGUGGUCCAGGGCUCCAAUGGCGAGUUCCCCUUCCUGACCAGCAGUGAGCGCCUGGAGGUGGUGAGCCGCGUGCGCCAGGCCAUGUCCAAGGACAAGCUCCUGCUAGCCGGUUCCGGCUGCGAGUCCACUCAAGCCACGGUGGAGAUGACCUUGAGCAUGGCCCAGGUCGGGGCUGAUGCCGCCAUGGUGGUGACCCCUUGCUACUAUCGAGGUCGCAUGAACAGUGCUGCCCUCAUUCACCACUACACCAAGGUUGCUGACCUCUCUCCAAUUCCUGUGGUGCUGUAUAGUGUUCCAGCCAACACAGGGCUGGACCUGCCUGUGGAUGCAGUGGUCACGCUCUCCCAGCACCCGAAUAUCGUGGGCAUCAAGGACAGCGGUGGUGAUGUGACCAGGAUCGGGCUCAUUGUUCACAAGACCAGGAGGCAGGAUUUCCAGGUGUUGGCUGGAUCGGCUGGCUUCCUGUUGCCCAGCUAUGCCAUGGGAGCUGUGGGGGGCAUAUGUGCCCUGGCCAAUGUCCUGGGGGCUCAGGUGUGCCAGCUGGAGCGACUCUGCCGCACAGGGCAAUGGGAAGAUGCCCAGAAGCUGCAGCAUCGCCUCAUUGAGCCAAACACUGCGGUGACCCGGCGCUUUGGGAUCCCGGGGCUGAAGAAAACCAUGGACUGGUUUGGCUACUAUGGAGGCCCCUGCCGUGCCCCCUUGCAGGAGCUGAGCCCCGCUGAGGAGGAGGCCCUGCGCACGGACUUCACCAGCAACGGCUGGCUCUGAGGCAAGGAGGGACAUGCCCAACCUGAGCCCAUCUCAGCUCCUGCCUUGCACCUGUAGCCUGAAGAGGAACAUGGGGGGACAAGGGUUUGGGGCUCCUUUCCCUCCUCAGUCUCCAGGUAGCCUCCCACCAGGCACUUCUGACCACGCUCCUUUCCUGUUCUCACAGUCCUAUGACUUCUCACAUUUUUGUAUCCUCAGCUCUGGGUCUCUAGAGACCUUCAGUCUGGCAAGGAGCAAUUGCUGUGCUUUCCUAUGCCCCAAGACACGUGAACCAGGGGGAAGGGCAGGAGGCAACUAGGUGCAGUGAGGCCUGGGGUUUUACUAAAGGGAAGACUAUUUAGACUUGGGUCUUUGUGCUACCAGAUCCACAGAACCACUAGAUUAUACCGGGAGGCAGUCUAGGACAGGAUAAGAUAGUGUUUAAGAGCAAGGGCCCUAGAGCCAGCUGCCAGUGUUCAGAUUCUAACUUGCACAUGUUAGCUGGGUGACCUUACCUAACUUACCCUCAGUUUCCUCAUCUGGAAAGUGGAAAUAAUAAUACCUGAGUCUAGUCCAAGCAGUGGAAGCCAGAGCUAUUCCUAAGAACUCAAGUUCUGAUUCCUUCCAGGAGAAGUGGUAGGUUAGGAAACCUGAUCAGAAAAGUGUCACUGGUCUUUGAAAGGCUCCAAAGCUUUAUUCCAGCCACAGGGCCCUUUCCUAAGCCCAUUUCAAUGGAUCUCACAUUCUUGUCUCUAGCCUGAUCUCAACCAUCACGUGCACAGAGAGAGGCAGUAGUUUGCCAGAACUGGUAAAUAAUGACAACUGGUGGAUAAAUGUUACAUUCUAGAAGACUAUUCUAGCCAACCCCAGGUCUGAAACAUUAGGGAAGGGGACUUGGCCUGAGACAGGACCACCUUCUUGCCUAUAGGCACUCUGCUUUUAUUGCUAAAAAUAAUUACUUUGUUAUUGCAAUAAAGUUAAUAAGUAAAACUAGCGUGGCUAUGCACAGGAUGACACUCCACUGCUAUGAGGAUCUUGUUUCCUGCCUGGAUGUCAAGAACCUUCUGAGAGGAAAUUUAGCUCUCAAGGUCUGCUUUUCCCAGCUCUGACAGAGGCUCUAAUGAUACUGAGCAAACACAGGUUAUUAGCUUAGUGGCAGCCCAGGGAGAGGAUUAGAGAAGUUUCCGGUGGGACAGGUAAGAGGCAAAAGGGCUCAAGUGAGAUAUUUAGAAACACUUAGUGCAUUAAUCAAAAAGGCUGCUCUCUCCAAAAUGUUUCACAUUAUUCAGUGACAUCUGCCUAGUGGCAGAGAACCUGAGAUGAAUUUUUUUAAAAAUGACUCUGGUUAAAAUGAAAGGUAAACAGAUCCUUAGUUAGGGCAAAGGCUGGAGGAGAGAAUAUAAAAGGUAUCAACCUUCAGCUGAAACUGGGCAUCUGGCAGGCACUGAAGUGUGGAGCUUAGCACCCGGCUUCUUCUCACAGGCAACUUCCGGAGGGUCUGGGCUCAGAGGAGAAGCAGGUUUAGGCCUGGAGC